AAUUGAACGUCACAUGAUCAUCGAGUCACAUGACUUUGUUUUGGCGAAAAUGGCAGCUAGCGUUACAGCAUCUACUAUAUAUUUAUGUACUGUUUUUAUUGUUUUAUUCAAUGUAUAUGUCAACAGCCAGGAUACUGACGCACAGUUGUGUCAAAUGUGUGAAGGGACUGUACGACAAGACAGUCCUGUCUGGGAUUUCUGCCUAACAAAAGGCCAUAUUAGGGGACGCUGCUGUUUUGGAAAUAAUACCAGCAAUGUAGACACAAUUAUAGGGUUGGACUUGGCAAACUGCUCUAUUAGUCAUGUAGAGCACCUGUAUAAUUCAUCCACUACAUUCAUAAUAGACCUCUCCAACAACCCCAUCUCCAAUCUGAGCGAUUUCAUAUUUCAGGGUUUCAGCCAUCUUACCCAACUUUUACUACCCUCAAAACUGGAGUGUCCAGGGGGCAAUGCAUCAUGGGAGAAGGUUGAAGUGAAAAACAAUGCCAAAAUCUGCGAAGGACAGAAAAAUAUUUGCAAUCAGACUGUGCAGAUGCCCUGGGAUUGCCCUGAAAACUCAUUCUGCAGCCCAUAUGGACCAGGGUUCUUUGAGUGUAGCUGUCUGCAUAAUUUCCAUGGAUACAAGUGCAUGAGACAGUUAAGGUGCUUGGGAUACUAACCGGAUCUACAGUUGUGGUUUCAUCUUUACUCUGGUUCACACAAAGACGAAAGGUC